AUGAUAGAGAAAAAAGUCGGUGAAGGUACAUAUGCUGUUGUAUAUGUAGGAAGAGCCAAAGAUACGAAGAGGCAGAUUGCCAUUAAAAUGAUCAAGGUGGGAGAAUUCAAAGAUGGAUUGGAUAUGUCAGCUAUUCGUGAAAUCAAGUUUCUCCAGGAAUUGAGACACCCGAAUGUCAUUGAGCUACUAGACGUGUUUUCAUCGGAAACGAAUUUGAAUAUUGUGCUGGAAUUUCUUCCUGCUGAUUUGGAAGUGCUUAUAAAAGAUAAAACGAUUAUAUUUAGUCCAGCAGACAUCAAAUCAUGGCUGUUGAUGACACUUCGAGGAUUGCAUCAUUGUCAUAGGAAUUUCAUUCUUCAUCGAGAUUUGAAACCUAAUAACUUGCUACUAUCACCAAGUGGUCAUUUAAAACUUGCCGAUUUCGGUCUUGCUAGAGCACUACCUGCUUCUCCUAGGGUGAACCUGACGCCUCGAGUAGUGACGCGGUGGUACAGAGCACCUGAACUGCUUUUCGAAUCCCGUCACUAUACUACAGCAGUUGAUAUUUGGUCAGUAGGAAUUAUAUUUGCCGAGCUCAUGUUACGAACACCAUAUUUACCAGGAGCAUCAGAUUUGGAACAGAUCGAUGUCACAUUCCGAGCACUAGGAACGCCAACUGAAGCGACAUGGCCUGGUGUAUCGAGUUUACCAGGGUACAAACAAAUACAAAACUAUCCUACACCCAGCAGGCAGGAGCUUCAAAACCGGUUCUUGGCUGCUAGUGAUAACGCACUCGAUCUCAUGAACGAUAUGAUCCAUUUUGAUCCUGCCAAGCGGAUCGAUACGACACAAGCUCUAUUAUCGAAAUAUUUCACUGAAUCACCACCUCCAACAAGACCGGAAAACCUCCCGAAAAAGGCUAAACAAGACCCCGAUUGGGAAGAACAAGCGCUAAAGAACGAAGAGAGAGAAAAGCUCAUUCAAAAGACGAGAGAAGCAAGAAUGCGAGCAUAG